UAGAUAAAAAGUUAGAUUGGGAUACAUUAUCUGGAGUAGUAGUUGAUGAUGUUCUUGCUGUUUUGUGGAUGAACAACAGUCCAGUAACCAUGCUGACCACCAUUCAUGAAAUUACUAGAAAUGAAAAUAGAGUUGAAAGAGUUCGACGUCGACUCCGAGAAACUAGCACCAAUGUUACAAAAGUACGUGCAGUUUUUGGAACUGCUAGUAAAAAAGCUUUGCCAAUACCUUGUAUAAUUGAUGACUACAACCACCACAUGGGUGGAGUAGACAUAGCUGAUCAACUUCACAGAUAUUAUGCCAUCCAAUUACCAGUAAGAAGAACUUGGAUGCCCUUGUUUUUUUGGUUACUUGACACUUCUAUUGUCAAUUCUUACUUAAUUUUUAAAAAAAAUGGCAACAUUAUUAAUCAUAAGAAUUUUCGAAUUCAUCUAGUAUGGGAAUUAAUUAAUGCAGAUAUGGAAGAAAAUGAUUGA